GCCGCCGCCGCCGCCUCGGUGCGCGUGACGUCUCUCGGCGCCGGCCGGGCAGCGGGAGGAGCGAAGGCGCCCGGGGCUGCCUGCGCUCUCCCUGGCCGAAGGGGGCUCCGCUACCUGCGCGGCUCGAGCGCUCGGUCCCCAAUCUUCAGUUCUUCUUCCGAAAGGACAGCGGUCCUCUGUCUGGAAUGAACCCAGAGGGGUCCAGAGAUACAGUGCUCCUGGCUCUGGAGGCUUCUUCGGCUGGACUUCCCUGACUUGAGGGUUGGUGGUUGUGCUGAGAGGGAGCAACGAGCGAGCAGGAAAAUGAACUCCAGCAGGGAAGCAUCCAGAUGUUGACGGUGGCGCGACCGCUGGUCCCAUGUGGAGGAGGCGAGGAUGCGGCUGACUGUGAGACGAGUGCUGAUGGUGGUGGGCUUUGCCAUCGCCCUGAUGGUCUCUGUCCACCUGGGCCAGCAGAUGCUGCAGUGCCAGCAGAUCCUGGGCCAGGGCUUCAGCCGGGCACUGAUGCGUCCCGAGAGCGAGGAGCUGGUGAUGCUCGACGCCAACAGAGUCGAAUAUCGAUACAGUAAGGAGAUGCCGCUCAUCUUCAUUGGGGGGGUUCCUCGGAGCGGGACCACCCUGAUGCGAGCCAUGCUGGACGCUCACCCGGAGGUGCGCUGUGGGGAGGAGACGCGUAUCAUCCCGCGGGUGCUGGCCAUGCGCCAAGCCUGGUCCCGAUCUGGGCGAGAAAAGAUGCGCCUGGACGAAGCCGGAGUAACAGACCAGGUGCUGGAUGCGGCCAUGCAGGCCUUCAUCCUGGAGGUGAUCGCCAAGCACGGGGAGCCAGCCCGCUACCUCUGCAACAAGGACCCCUUCACGCUCAAGUCCUCCAUUUACCUCUCCCAUCUCUUCCCCAACUCCAAAUUCCUGCUGAUGGUGCGUGACGGGCGGGCUUCCGUCCACUCCAUGAUCACCAGGAAGGUCACCAUUGCCGGCUUCGACCUGCGGAGCUAUCGGGAUUGCCUGACUAAGUGGAACAAAGCGAUCGAGGUGAUGCACUCCCAGUGCCUGGCCAUCGGGCGGCUGCGCUGCCUCCCCGUCUACUACGAGCAGCUGGUUCUGCACCCCCAGAAGUCCAUGCGGGCCAUCAUGGACUUCCUGGACAUCGCCUGGAGCGACGCCGUCCUGCACCAUGAAGAGCUGAUUGGGAAGCCAGGCGGCGUCUCCCUUUCCAAGAUCGAGCGAUCUACAGACCAAGUGAUCAAGCCUGUGAACAUGGAGGCCUUGACCAAGUGGCUGGGACACAUUCCGGAAGACGUGGUGCAGGACAUGGCUCAGAUUGCCCCCAUGCUGGCCAGGCUGGGCUAUGACCCCUACGCAAACCCUCCCAACUACGGCAGCCCAGACCCCCUGGUGGUCAACAACACCCACCGGGUCCUGAACGGAGACUUCAAAACACCUGCCAAUCUGAAGGGACACCUUCAGGGGACUCCAAAUACGACUGCUUUUCACUGACCAACUCAAUGAUUUCUAGGUGCAAAUUGCUUCCCCUUGUUCUGAAGAGAAGAAAAUUUGCAAACAACAAGACUGGGAAUCUGUUAUCCAAGCAUAUUGCUUGCUACUGAUAUUGCCAAAUAAAGUGCUAUCUGUGAAAUA